AUGCUGCGAAGAAGUAAUCGCCUGCUAGAGGGUCUUUCGGAAGAGGUGGACUUGGCAAAGUAUAAACCCAUCGGCCGAUACUACACGAGUGACGCUGAGGUGUGGGACCAGACCGACCUGACAUCUGUGAUGCAGACCAGAGGAAUCAAGAGUUGGAUCUUUUCUACCAAGUCCGUCAGCUGUUUCCUGCUCAUCCUCCUGUUUGCUUUCGGAAUCCCACACAUGUACUUUAAUUUAAACGGAGCACAGACGAACCUCGACAUGGACCUGAACAUCACUCUGACACACAAACUACCAAACUUUGCAGUGGAAUCGCAAGGUGCCAGAGUUUUGCAGCAUUUAUCUACGGACACAUAUUGGCCCCGAAAAUCCAUUGGACUUGUGUGGGACAGAAUAUUCUACUGGCUCUAUUCCUCCCAAACACAACGACAGGUGAUUCAGGGUCAUUCAUCAUUACAACCUGGACGAUGCUGGUGCUUUCCUGGGGACAGGGGACAUUUAUUCAUCGAACUGUCCCACCCGGUCUCCAUCACACAUGUGACACUUGGUCACAUCACUAAGAGUCAGUCACCCUAUGGCAGCAUCGCGAGCGCAUCCAGGGAGUUUUCUAUCUACGGAAUGAGGACAGAGGCUGAUGCAGGGACUGAUUUGGGAAGACUGACUUACGAUCAAGACGGAGUAGCAUUUCAAACUUUCAAACUCACUAAUUCAGACGACGCCAUCUUCAGGUACGCGAAGCUCCAGGUGGAGAACAACUGGGGGAACGUGGACUACACCUGCGUCUACAGCUUCAGGGUUCAUGGGUGUACCCUGCCUUUCGCCCAGUGUCAGCAGAGAUAAACGGAAAAGCUGUAUUUUCCCACUGUGUUUCGUUUAUCAAUAAAUGCAUUUAACAGAACAUGAACCAAUCCAGUUAACACAUAUGUUAAUAAAUAAAACAGAUCAAUGUCAAUAUUUACAUAUUAUAAAUAUGUAAAACUGCGGGAAAAACUACAAAAAAGGAACCUUAAGAGCCAGAUUA